UCGGUGAGCGGUACGCGCAGUUAGCCCGUGUCGUACGCGUGUUGGAUACAGUCGUAUGCAGAGAUGCUGUGCCGGUUGAGCGUUAGGUGGCUGCAGCCGCGGCCUGCCCUGCAGCUCCGGGGCUUGGGCCCACCGGUCGUACCGGCCCCCACCGGCGGCGCCAAGCCCUCCGCUCUGCCAUUGUGGGCGGUGGCAUCAGUCUCUGCAGUUGGCCCGAGCGGCGCGGGUGGCUGGUAUGAAGCCCUGGCUACGUCGGCGCCGGUGCAGGGCGCCGAGGACGUACUGCUCUUUGCGCACACCGCCUCGGGCCUGCCCUGGUGGGGCAGCAUUCUUCUCACCACCAUGGCCCUGCGCGGCGCUGUCACGCUGCCCUUGGCCGCCUACCAGCACUACAUCCUGGCCAAGGUGGAAAAUUUGCAGCCAGAAAUAAAAAGCAUUGCAAGGCACCUUAACCAAGACGUUGCAGUUCGUGCAAAUCAGUUGGGGUGGUCCAAAAGAGCUGCCAGGCUCACUUAUCUAAAGACUAUGCGGAGGCUUGUUUCAGAGCUGUAUGUUCGGGAUAACUGCCACCCUUUCAAAGCCACUGUGUUGGUCUGGAUUCAGCUUCCAAUGUGGAUAUUCGUGUCUGUUGCUCUCCGGAAUUUUAGCACAGGGGCAACACAUUCAGAAGCAGGUUUUUCUGUUCAGGAGCAGUUAGCUACUGGUGGGGUCUUAUGGUUUCCUGACCUCACUGCCCUGGAUUCCACUUGGAUUCUGCCUGUCUCCAUUGGUGUCAUCAACUUAUUAAUAGUGGAGAUUUUUGCUCUGCAAAAAGUUGGAAUGUCUCGUUUCCAGACAUAUAUUACGUACUUUGUUCGUGCAUUAUCAGUGUUGAUGAUUCCAAUUGCAGCGACAGUACCUUCAGUGAUCGAUUGUUCUCUACUGGUUAUGCUCCAGCCUCAUGGGCCUUUCACAGAACUUGCUGCUGCGUUCUCCUAGAUUUCGCCAACUUUGUCGAAUACCGUUGACCAAGUCAGAUUCAGACACUCCUUAUAAAGACCUCUUUGCUGCCUUUUACGCCAAGUUCAUUUCAAGAAAAUGACAUACUUUCUAGUGAUUUUGAAACAAUUACAAGUUUCACUGUUAAUGUAUUUAGAAGAUUUAGAAAUUCAGAUAUGGUUUAAUUUGCUUUUUAAAAUCAUGAGCUCUGUGAAGUACUGUGGAUUAAGAUAUAAUCCAGAUAUAUUUGAUAGUACUUAAAAUCUUUUAAGUGCUAAAAAUGUAGUAUGUUCAGUUAUAUAAAAGUGGGAUCAAAGUGUCGGGCCCUGUUUAUAAAAUUACAACUUGGGAGAGGUGCUAGAACUUUGGAGAACAGGACUAGAGAAGUUUUAUAAAAUAAAAGAAUCCAGUGAAGUGAUUUUUAAAAUUUUGAGGGUGUGGAGGAUCAUAGACCCGGUUGAUCAUUUAAUAAAGCCAUGGUUUUCUCUUCAGAAAAGUCCUGGAACUCACAACAUGGAGGCCUUUAUUGACCCCCCUUCUGGUAAUUCCUGGUUAAUAAGUAUUAUUCUAAUGGAACAUACAUCGAUGAUGAGUUAAUGUGUGAUUUUAAAAUGAAAAGGACUUGAGGUACAUGCAGUGGAGUAGUCCACGCAUGUAAGAAAGUACCUAAUAGGGUAGGUAGUGUUGCUUCUCAACCUUGCUCUGAAGGAAUACAAAAAUUGUACAUUUCCUUUCUCUGUAAUUUAAGGAGUCUAGAAUACAGAGCAUAGAACUAAGUACUGCUAGAGCCCAAAGUAGAAAAUCUUAAGCUAAUCAUAUAGAAUAUGAAGGAACCCAAUAUCUCGGAUAAUCCUUUAAGAAAGUGAAAAACUGGUACUAGGGUCAAGGUUAUGCUAAUUGGGAGACUCCUUUAGACCUGUACACCUUGGUAUGAUAAUGCAUAACAUUAAAUUGGUCUGAGGAUCUUAUAUAUUACAAAAUUCUUAAUUUCAUAGCUUGGAAAAAAGGAUCAAAGUAAAUUUUAAAAGCUCAAAAGAUCAGGAUAGUAUUUAGCAAGUUUUAAAAAUAAUGACUGAAUACAUGAAGUUACAUUAGUUACACUAUUACUAGAAAUUAAAUAGUAGGUGAAGAAUCAUCUCAUUCAGCCAGAGAGCAUGCAUAUGAACAUUGUGUAUUCAGUCAUUAGAGAAUAUAGGUAGAUCACAUAAUUGUGAAAUAAGCUUGUUGUGCAGAAUUCUGGAGACAGAGCUGUUUGAGUCUUUCCUGUCAUCUCAAAGUACAGUAGACCCUUCUGUCUUCCUAGCCCCAAAGCCACAACCAUUAAGAGCUUCAAACUGUCAGCAGCUAGAAUCCCAACAAACAGCUGAACCAGACUUCAUUAGAUAAGGACUAACAUAGCCACAGGGAAUGAUUCUGUGACUCUUGAACAUAUUAACUUGACUGUAGUCGUUUGUGGAAUACAGUUUCAAAGUAAAAGGGACUAUUAGAAAACUUUGAACUUUAUUUGGUAAUUGUAUUGCUCUUGUUAAUAUUGCAUUGCUGUUUUGGAACUCUUAUUGUCAGGUAAAAUAUAUAAUGAUGUUUACUGGUAUAUUUGUUUUCUGUGGAUGCUGUUAACAAAAUCUUUAUGCUGCUUAUGCACCAGGAGGAAGAUGCUAUUGAAUGUAUUUGAUAUUAUAAGAUAUAUCUCUUUCAAAUUUUUCUUUUAAGAGAGAGAUUUAGGGAUUGCCCCUGAGGUCCUACAAAAGAGGGUCCUCCCCACAGUUCUCCACCGGUAUACUCAGAAAGCCUAGCCUUCAUAUCUGUUUCACCUAAGACCUUCCACAAUCUCAGUUAAGAACUGAUGAAAUAAAAUUCAUGUUUUACGGCAAGAUGAGAAAAGUUUAAACAUAAAUUUUUUCUUUGUCCCUUUGGGCCUCCUCCCUCCCCUUUAGCAGGUAUUGUGCAUCUGCAUUAACCAGAGCUCUUUAGGAGAUGACAUUCCUUAAUCUCAUUAAGGGACACUGACUCUUAGGAGAUAACCUUCCUUCUUGUAAGGGACCAUGAUGACUCAUCACCCACUGUUUGCUUUGUACCUGUAGGUCUGGAUUGUGUAAACUGUUAAUAAUAUGUCGUAUGACAUAAACCCUUUGUCUCAAAAACGUACAUAACUGUGCUUUGACCCCUAAUUGGCAGAACAGUCCCCAGAGCUUUCUGAAAGUCUACCUCUCAGAGUAUAAUCCUCAAAUUGGCUUGAAAUUUUUGCAUUUUUUUCCUUAAACUGUUGAUGAAUUUUUCUGUUGACAGAGCUGUACAUAAAAGCACUUUGAUCCUGGUUGAUUCCUGUCCAUAGGAACCACAAGGCCUGGCAGUUACCACAAAAAAAAGAAAAAAAAAUACCAGCUGAGGAAUGGCAGCAGAAGAGAUUAAACCAAGAAAGCACUUUUACACAGAAGCCUUGCCUAGUUCUUAGAGCAGUAACUUUUGCUUUGCUGUAACUUGAACAUGAGAGAGAUCCGACACAACUGUCCCAAAGGAAUAUGUAACAAGAGAACCCUGUUCCCUUGUAUUCUCACUGACUACCUUCUUGACUGCCCAGUUUUUACGUAAGUUUUGCAAGAUAGUUUUACCUUUAAUUGCCUAGGCCUACACCGCUGAUUUUCUUCUGUAAAAUGAGGACUUCCGGGUGUUUGAGAACAAAAACCUUGAUGGAAAGACCUUAAAAUCAAAAUAAAUGCUUUAAGAAAGCAGCCCGGCUUCCCUGGUGGCGCAGUGGUUAAGAAUCCACCUGCCAGUGCAGGGGACACGGGUUUGAGCCCUGGUCCGGGAAGAUCCCACAUGCUGCGGAGCAGCUAAGCCUGUGCGCCACAACUUAGGGCCCGCGAGCCACAACUACUGAAGCCCGCAUGCCUAGAGCCCAUGCUCCACAACAAGAGAAGCCACUGCAAUGAGAAGCCUGUGCACCACAACGAACAGUAGACCCCGCUCAACGCAGCUAGCGAAAGCCCGUGCGCAGCAACGAAGAUCCAGUGCAGCCAAAAAUAAAUAAAUAAUUAAUUUUUUGAAAAAAAGCAGCCACUGUUAAUGAGUUUUUCUGUCUACGGCAACAAAAAAGAAAUUUCUAUCCUUGAAAGUCCCUGCUAGACUCCAGAGGGCCAAGAAUUACUUGAAAAAGAAACCUGUGGGGAAAAUGCCCCAUUUCUAUCUUUUCUAUUUUGAGAACAUUUUACGGUCAUGCUCCUCUUCCUUUGUGUCCCUGAUGUGGCAGUUAUAUUUGUUUUUCCUUAGUUGAGAAGGCAGCAUUGUAUUUAAUUUAGCUUUGGUUUUUGUCUUCUGGCUAAAUUGUAGCUCUCCGGGAAAACUUAAAACUGGAAUAUGAAAUAUACCUAACUAUCUCCCUUUCAUUGCAGCUGCAUUUCUGCAUGUUCCAACGGUAGUACAAUUGAUAAUUUGAGGAAUUUCUUCUAAUUAUAACCUCAAACUUCCUGGCUUUUCUGUGAGUGAUGGAUGCUUCUGAGGGUGGCCCCCGAGCACUAAGUACAAGAAGACUGUGAUGUCCUCACAGAGAAAAUAUGUGUUAGGGUAGGUCUCCUUGAGAAGGUGACUUUAGAGCGAAAACUUGACGAUGAGGGAGCAACCCUGUGUACACCUUGAGGAAGAGGCUUCCAGACAGCAGGAGCGCUCUUUGCAAAGGCCCUGAGGCAGGAGCAUGCUUGGCAUAUUUGAAGAACAGUGAGGAGAUGAUUCACUGUGGGAAAGUUAGCUGCCACAUGGCAAGAAACCAAGGCCUCCUGCAGAUAGACAUAUGUGAGCUAUCCAGCAGGGCUCCUCCAGCCCCAGUCAGGCCUUCAGAAACCAAACUAGCUUGGACUAGUCUUCCAAGUGCUGGCUGCUGGUGUCCCCGAGAGAUUUCAGGGAGAAGCAGUCUUGGCCGAGGGUUAGAGCCAGAGGCCGACAGGGGAAGGGAACAAUGUCUGGGUUUUGAGAACAGCUGGAGCUUCGGAGGGAGAAAAGCAGCUUGGCAAAAGAGGAAAGAAUGUGCUUGUCACUUCAAGAGGCAAGAAACUUCGAUUUCCCUCCUGCCUCUGCCAACAAGUGUUUAUUGGAAAGGACAGAGUGGUGGUGAUGGCAGGUAAUGACACUUUAUUACAAGGAUUCAAGGGACUACAGAGUCUUCAACUAUAUAGUUACUUUGCAUCUCCAAAUUUCCAAGACUGGAAUUAGUACUCUCAAGAAAAAAAUAAUCUGAUGUGGUCUCUUGUCAUUACCCACGAUGAAGUUCCUGGCCUGGCAAGGUUCACCAAACCACUUCAGACAUGGUGGCUUCCUCCACAUCCAAACUGUGCAAUAACUUACCUUUAACUUGGGCACUCUUUUCUGAGGCCAGAGUAGAAGUUUCACAAGGCAUAUCUGGUGUAAAUCAUUGCAAAUUUUUUGGAGGAAGUGUCUCUUAGGGCUGCUGUUUUUAGAAGGAGAUUAUGAGCAAAGCAGGAACUUGGAAUUUUGUACCUCUUUCCCAGCACGUGAAGAAACAAACUGGAUGUAAAGAAGUCAUGAAAAGAAGCCAGUGAGGGCUUCCCUGGUGGCGCAGUGGUUGAGAAUACACCUGCCAAUGCAGGGAACACGGGUUCAAGCCCUGGUCCGGGAAGAUUCCACAUGCCACGGAGCAACUAAGCCCGUGCGCCACAACUACUGAGCCUGCCCUCUAAGGCCUGCGAGCCACAACUACUGAGCCCUCGUGCCACAACUACUGAAGCCCACGGGCCUAAAGCCCGUGCUUUGCAACAAGAGAAGCCACCACAGUGAGAAGCCCGUGCACGCAAAAAAGAGUAGCCCCUGCUCACAGCAACUAGAGAAAGCCCGUGCACAGCAACGAAGACCCAACGCAGCCAAAAAAUAAAUAAAUAAAAAACAAAGAGCCUCUCCUGUGGGUUGACACAAUUUUUUUUUUUUUGAGUAUCUGCUUUACGUGAAUCAUGGUGAGAAUAUUAAGAAUCAUUUUAGAAACUGGAAAUAUUCUUAACCCAGAGAGAUCAUUGCUUUGCAUUGCUGUGUUUCCACAUACAGUAAAUUCAACACAAACAUGGCUUAGGGAGUAUCUUAACCACUCUGGAAAUGUAGAAGUAUUUCUUAUAAUCCAGAAUAUUUAAUUAAUCAGAACUUCAAUUCCCCAAGCAUUCUGAGUAAUCAGUAUUUUCCUUUGUGAGUUUCAGAUGAAGAAUCAUUUGCAUGAUGACAUAUCUGGGUUGUUCAAUACACUUUCUUCUGAAUCUUUCUUUAGCAUGAUGUGAGGUAUACUUGGGAAAUGUGCAUUUAAACAGUAACAGCAGUGAUUGUAGUGAAUUCCAAGUGGGGAUUUCAUGCUCUAAUUUCCAUGAAUUGAGGGGUAAUAUUUUUACGUUAUUGUUUUCUAUAAUAAAACCUAAACCCAGCUGCACAUGUCUGGCAAUUUAAAAGUUUCAAUAAACUAAUGCUUGAUAAUAAUACUGACCUAUUUCUCCUAAGGAUUAAAUAAGUAGAGGUUUUAUUUUACAACUACUUUUUAAAAUAGUGUGUUAUCAUGUAGAACCAAUGCUACGGGUAUAAUAGAACUUUGCUGUUAAGUCAAUUGAGUAAAACAUGUACAGAGUUUUUUCUCUUGGCCAACACUCUCCUUUAUAGGGCAAAGCAGAUCAGAACAGUUGACCAGGGUGUUAUAUCUGCAUAGGCCCCACAUUGCUCUUGUCUUUUUUGUAAAAUCGAAUAUAUCUUUUU